AAUCAGUAAAUUAUGUUAUAAUAAUGCAAAAAAAGUGAGAAAUUAUGUAUCUUCUGCAACUUGUCUUCUCCAACGUCUACUACAACUUGUCUUUUCCAUCAUCUUCUCGGACUUGUUUUCAUUUGAAAUUAGGAUUUGAAAUGGGUGGUAGUCGAAAUUCUUCUAUCGAGAAACCUAAUGGAAGAGAAAUACCCAGAUGUGGUUGCAAUCUAUCAAUGAAGAUACGGGUUUCAAACACUCACAAAAACCCUAAGAGAAAGUUCUGGAGAUGCAAAAGUUUUGGAAAGAGUGAUAUAAGUUGUGAGUUGUUCGUUUGGGAUGAUGAAGUUGAUGAAUUGUUAUUGAACACUUGAAAAAAGAAAAGGUUCACAGGUGCAGAUAUAGAGUGGAAUAAUUGUGAAGUAAUACUUGGUUAUCUUAAAGAAUUGGGCAACGAUUUCGAGAAAGAGUUUGACAAAGAAUAUGGGAAAU